CUCCCUCUCCUGUAUCUCCAGUGUAUUUGUUGUGUUGGGGGGGGACCCCGGUUUUGUGUGUGUAAGUGUGUGUGUGUGUGUUUUUUAGCCAUUUGCAAGUACACAGAGGACUGAUAACAUCCCAGGAUGCAUCAGCUGCUCGCCGUGACCUCAGCGCUGGUGGCGCUCUGCUGCCUGGGGAGCGUGGACUCUUCAGCCUACGACAAGAUCGUCACCCACAGUCGCAUACGGGCCCGGACUGAAGGGCCCAACGUGUGCGCUCUGCAGCAGGUCCUGGGCACCCAGAAGAAAUACUUCAGCACGUGCAGGAACUGGUACAAACGCUCCAUCUGUGGCAAGAAGGCGACGGCCCUAUAUGAGUGCUGUCCUGGGUACAUGAGGCUGGAGGGUAUGAAAGGAUGCCCUGCAGUGGCUCCCAUCGACCAUGUGUAUGGUACGCUGGGGCUCGUAGGGGCUACAACCACACAGCAGUACGCCGACAUUGCCGAGCUGAGAGCGGAGAUUGAAGGCCAAGGCUCCUUCACCCUGUUUGCACCGAGCAAUGAAGCCUGGGACCAGCUCGACCCUUCUGUGCGGUCUGCCCUGGUGAGCAACGUGAACAUCGAGCUGUACAACGCUCUUCACUUCCACAUGGUGAACCGACGUCUUCUGACAAAAGGGAUGAAGGACGGCAUGACUGUGAAUUCCAUGUACAACGACCUGGGGCUCCACAUCAACCACUAUUCAAAUGGGGUUGUGACAGUGAACUGUGCCAGAAUCAUCCACGGUAACCAGGUGGCCACAAACGGCGUGGUGCACGUGAUCGACCGGGUCAUCAGCGCCGUGGGCAGAACCAUCAAGGAUGUCCUGGACGUCGAAGAUGACCUCUCCUCAUUCAACGCUGCGGCAUUGGCCUCUGGUAUGAUGGACAAGCUGGACCAGCCGGGACAGUUCACCCUGUUCGCACCCACCAACGAAGCCUUUGACAAACUGAACCCAGGUUACCUGGAGCGUAUCAUGGACAACAAGGCUGUUAUUGCAGCCCUGGUGAACUACCACCUGCUGAAGACUGUCCAGUGCUCCGAGGCGAUCACGGCUGGAUCGGUGUACGAGACGGAGGAAGGCAGCAACAUAGAGAUCGGCUGCGACGGCGACAGUCUGACGGUGAACGGCAUCAAGAUGGUGCUGAAGAAGGACAUCGUCACCACCAACGGCGUCAUCCACCUCAUCGACCAGGUGCUCAUCCCCGACUCAGCCAAGGACGUGUUUGAGCUGAUGGGAGACACGCAGAGUGUGUUCACCGACAUGGUGUCCGAACUGGGAUUAGCCUCCGCCAUGCGUCCGCAGACUGAAUACACGCUUCUGGCCCCAGUCAACGGAGCCUUCACCAAUGAGGUGAUGUCGACAGAUCAAAAUCUGCUGAGGUACAUCUUGGAAAACCACAUCCUGAAGCUGAAAGUCACACUGGGCGAGCUCUACAACGGACAGCUGCUGGAAACACUGGCCGGGCAGCUCCUCCGGGUCUUCAUCUACCGCACUGCUGUGUGCAUAGAAAAUGCCUGCAUGGUGCGUGGCAGUAAGGAGGGAAGCAAUGGGGCCGUCCAUCUUAUGAACUCUCUCAUUAAACCGGCCAAGAAGACGAUGUACGAGCUCCUGCUUGCUGACGGACGCUUCAAGAUUUUCCUGUCACUGAUGGAAACUGCGGAUCUGACUGAUCUGCUGAAGCAGGAAGGCUCCUCCACCAUCUUUGCACCAACUGACGAAGCGUUCGCCGGCCUGAGUGCAGAAGACUACGCUCUGCUCAGAAGUGAUCUGAAUGUCCUGAGAACCAUCCUGCUGUACCACUUCAGCAAUGGCAUCUUCAUUAAUGGAGGACUGGAGGGAGGAGUUACCAAUCUGCUCAAAACGCUGCAGGGCAACAACCUGCAAGUUAAGUCUGUUAACAACUCUAUUCAUGUCAACUCUGUGCAAGUUCCGUCCAGCGACCUUAUGGCCACAAAUGGCGUGAUCCAUAUCGUGAAGAACGUUCUCUAUCCCGGAGAUCUUCCUGUGGGCCGUCAGGACCUCAUGGUCAUCCUGCAGAAACUGAUUCGUUACAUCACGAUAAAGUAUGUCUCUGGAUUUACUUACACUGAGAUCCCACUCACUUCCUACAAGAGGACCAUCACCACCACUCAUUAUACUGAAACAGUCCCUGAUGUGACGAAGGUGAUCAGAGUGAUGGAAGCAGAACCAAAAGUCACCAAGGUGACCAGGGUCAUCGAAGGGGACCCAGAGUUCACCACGCUCACGAGAGUCAUCGAAAAGCAACCGACUGUCACCGAGGUGGUCAUCAGGGGGGACCCGGUGGUCACAAAGGUCACCAGGGUCAUCGAAACUGAUCCAAAUAUCACCAAGGUGGUUGGUGAGGGGGAGCCAUCCGUCACCAAACUGACCAGGGUCAUCGAAACCGGGGAUCCCAGAGUCACCAAGGUCACAAGAGUAAUUGGGGGUGGAGAGUUUGAUGCUGAUGGCAAAAGAAUUCAAGGUGGAGCCAGGCACACCACGGAGAACGAGCCUCAUAUCAUUGAGGGUCCAGACUUCUCAAAAAUCACCACCAUCCACGGCAACCCGGAUAUGAUCGAUGAGGAAUCAGAGAGGAUUACCAAACUCAUUAGAGAGGGAGGUAGAGGAGUGCCCAGCAGAAGACCACCAGGUGGAGAGUUUGAUGCUGAUAGGAAAAGAAUUCAAGGUGGAGCCAGGCACACCACGGAGAACGAGCCUCAUAUCAUUGAGGGUCCAGACUUCUCAAAAAUCACCACCAUCCACGGCAACCCGGAUAUGAUCGAUGAGGAAUCAGAGAGGAUUACCAAACUCAUUAGAGAGGGAGGUAGAGGAGUGCCCAGCAGAAGACCACCAGGUGGAGAGUUUGAUGCUGAUAGGAAAAGAAUUCAAGGUGGAGCCAGGCACACCACGGAGAACGAGCCUCAUAUCAUUGAGGGUCCAGACUUCUCAAAAAUCACCACCAUCCACGGCAACCCGAGUAUGAUCCGUGAGGAAUCAGAGAGGAUUACCAAACUCAUUAAAGAGGGAGGUAGAGGAGCGCCCAGCAGAAGACCACCAGCUGGAAUGAGGCGGGCGAGGCUGGUCCGGCGUCACCAUAAGCCGAGGCAGUGAAUCCCAGCACAGCGCCGGGCUCACCGCGGGGACUGAAUGCACCUCGAGCGCUCCUGGUCGAGUGCUGGGGGGUUAAACUAUGGACCAACAGGGAGACAUCGAAUCAUUCUAGCUCUGUGAUUGUUGACCGUUCCACCUGGACCAUACUGUAUGUGAUAGGCAUGAUGUGUAAUAGAAUUGCAGUGACAUUAGAAAAUACCCUUCAUGUAAGUGUGCAUGGGAAAUAUGAAUUUGUUCCGUUGGGUGGAUGAUGUGUAAGGUGAGAUAUAUUCUACCGUAGAGAGUUUUUGCUUUUUUUAAUUAAAGUCAUGUCACUUUGUAAACAUUGCUUGGGAAGAGUUGUGUAUGCUUUUUAAUAUGGUGCUUGUUCUCUGUACAAUAGAUGCAUUUUAAAGAAACCGUGUUUUCCUACCAUUGAUGCUGUAUCGUACCUUUGUAAAUUAUCACAUGGUGAUUAAAAAACACAAUGAAUUUUUA